ACAUGGCAGAUGCAGAGCUGGACUUCCAGACGGGUGAUGCGGGCGCCUCGGCCACCUACCCAAUGCAGUGCUCUGCCCUGCGCAAAAACGGCUUCGUCGUGCUCAAGGGCCGACCCUGCAAGAUCGUCGAGAUGUCCACCUCCAAGACCGGAAAGCAUGGCCACGCUAAGGUUCACUUGGUUGGGAUUGACAUCUUCUCCGGUAAAAAGUAUGAAGACAUUUGUCCCUCCACUCACAACAUGGACGUCCCCAACAUCAAGAGGAUGGACUACCAGCUGAUCGGCAUCCAGGACGGCUACCUGUCCCUGCUCCAGGACAGCGGCGAGGUCAGAGAGGACCUGAAGACUCCCGAAGGAGACCUGGGGAAAGAAAUCGAGAGUCGACACGAAGCCGGAGAAGAGAUCCUGAUCACUGUUCUGAACGCGAUGGACGAAGAGGCUGCAGUCGGCAUCAAAGCUUUGGGGAAAUGAGCCACAGCAGAGGAGAUGAAGAUCUGCUGCACCUGAGGAGGAAAAGACUGUCAGCGCUAGUCUCCACUUAUUUUCUCUCUCUCUCCAUUAGAGAACUUUAAUAAAUAUGUGGCAGCAUAGGAAAAACAACACAUUAUGUACACAUAAUAAACCCUGUCUGAAUCCAGGUGUACAUAUUUAAAUCAUGAUAGAAGCUCUUCAUUUCUUUUGUUUGAUUUAUUUUUCAAACUGAAAAACCUGUGUGAAAGGUUUCAUGUGGGGGAAAAAUACUGGAACGUAAGGGUAUUUAUUUUUACCCAUGUUCAAAUGCGAGCACCGUUUUUUUUAUUUUAAGCUUUUAUUUUGAAACCAAAACGAGUUUUGGCACCUUUUUAAAACCUGCAUUCCUGUUUAAAGAGUUUGACCAAAAAUAAAAUAAAAAAUGUUAAAGGAGACGACACAAAGAGCUGAAUGUGACUCACUUUUUAUUUAGCAACUUUUAGGCAAAAUGCUUGAUUUUGGCUGCAGAAAACAGUGGAUUGUAGAUCUGAUGAUUUAACCAGAAGUCAACACGUUAAACUACUUCCUCUGUCAGAACAAAGAGCUGCAGUUUAAGUAUCGCUCAAUAAGUGAAACAGAGAAAUGAUAAAUGAUAAACCACUAAACGUUUAGGUUUUCAGGGAACAGAGUCAUCGCAGAAACGUUCAAACGUCCGCAGCGUCGUCUGAUUUUAUACAAAAUAUUAACAGUUUUGUGCACAACGGCACCUCCUUAAUGGCUUCAGUACGCAAAAAAAAAA